AUGGUCACCCUGGAUCUGGACCAACCAUCCCACAGCAGCAGCGCCCUGGACGCGCUCUGGGCAGCCAACACGCCUGAAAAGGCCACCGCCCUCCUCGAGAACCUCAAUGGCAAGCCAUCGUCAAGGUACAUAGACUCGUUCGAGCCCAAGACUGGAAAGCUCAUUGCCAGGGUCCCAUGUGCCUCAGCCGACGAGGUCGACGCCGCCGUCAGCGCUGCCAGGGCUGCCUUCCCAGCAUGGAGCAAGACACCGCGGGCAGAGCGCUCACGUCUGCUUCGUAGGGUCAGCGAGAUUAUUGCUGAGAACCGGGAGCUGUUUGCGGUCUGGGAAAGCCUUGACCAGGGCAAGACGCUGGAGCGGGCGAGGGUCGAAGUGGACAGGGCGGUAUCGAAUUUCGCAUACUUCUCCACAUUCAUCCUGCACGAGUCCACAUCAGCCAGGAUGGUCGACGGCGUGGCCCUCACGUAUGAGCACCGCAGCCCCGCGGGCGUGUUCGUCCUCAUCUCGCCCUGGAACAUGCCGCUCUACCUCCUGACGUGGAAGAUCGCCCCCUGCCUCGCCUUUGGCUGCACCGCCGUCGCCAAGCCCAGCGAGGUCACCAGCAUGAGCGCCUUCCUGCUCGCCUCCGCCCUGGGCCGCGCCGGCCUGCCCGCUGGCGUCAUCAACGUGCUGUUUGGCGACGGCGCCACCACCGGCGCGGCGCUCGUGGCCCACCGUGACGUCCAGGGCGUGUCCUUCACGGGAGGCACCGCGACGGGCAUUGCCAUCCGCAGGGCCACCGCGCACCAGAUCCACAAGCAUGUCUCCCUCGAGCUGGGCGGCAAGAAUCCCACGCUGGUUUUCGCUGACGCCAUGACUGCGACCACUCGGGAAAAGACGGUGCGCACGGCGGCCAUGGCGGCCUUUGAGAACCAGGGCGAGAUUUGUCUCUGCGGGUCGCGCAUCUACGUCGAGAGGAGCGUGUAUGAGGACUUUGUGGCGGGCUUCACCGAGUAUGUCACUAGACAGUACCGCGUGGGCGAGACGGUGGGCGCCGUGGUGAGCCUGCAGCACUACGCCAAGAUCAGAGGAUACCUUGAGAUCGCACAAAAGCAGGGCAUGACGUUCAAUACGGGCGAGGUACCGCCCGAGAUUCAGACUGGAAGUGGUGAGGGAGGAGAGCAGCAAAAAGGGUACUGGAUCCAGCCUACGGUGCUGACAGGAGUGCCGGCGGGUUCGGAGCUGCUGCGCGACGAGAUCUUCGGUCCGGUGGUGACGAUCGUGCCGUUUGACGACGAGGAAGAGGCAGUUCGGCUGGCCAACGACAGCGAGUACGGGCUUGCAGCGGUGCUGCUGACGACGGACGGUGGGCGGAUGAGGAGGGUGGGCGAGCAGCUGCAGGCAGGGUUGGUGUGGGUGAACUGCUGGCUGGUGAGAGAGCUGGGCACGCCUUUUGGAGGCAUGAAGAACUCGGGCACGGGGAGGGAGGGCGGCGAAUACUCGAGGGAUGUGUUUACGGUGGCACGUACGGUGCAUCUAGCUACGGUGUAG